UUACUCUCAUCAUCAUAACAAAAUCAGAAACAACAUAUAGUAGUGUAGAACUUGAUAAAAAAUAAUGGCUUCUCGUAGCUUUCUCUUUAUUCAUGUGUUAUUAGUCAUGUUUUGUCUAGCAGGCAUGGCAUUUUCGGACUUAUCCGAUGAUUUCUACGACCAUAUUUGUCCCAAAGCUUUACCAACCAUUAAACGGGUUGUUGAGGAGGCAGUCCGAAAAGAAAGGCGAAUGGGCGCCUCUUUGCUACGUUUACAUUUUCAUGAUUGUUUCGUUAACGGUUGUGAUGCUUCGAUUCUUCUUGAUCAAACGUCAACUAUUGACAGUGAAAAGACUUCUCGUGCUAAUAACAAUUCUGCUAGAGGAUUUGAGGUGAUCGAUAAAAUCAAAUCGAAGGUUGAUAAAGUUUGUGGACGUCCAGUUGUGUCUUGUGUGGACAUCUUGGCUGUUGCAGCUCGCGACUCCGUAGUUGCUCUACAUGGACCAAGUUGGGAAGUGAAACUCGGAAGAAGAGACUCCACCACAGCAAGCCGAACCGCAGCCAACAAUAAUAUUCCAACUCCAUUUAUGGACUUACCUGCACUUAUCAAAAACUUCAAGAAGCAAGGUUUAGAUAAGGAAGACCUCGUGGCUCUCUCCGGUGGGCACACACUAGGGUUUGCUCAAUGUUUCACAUUUAGGAAUCGCAUCUACAAUGAGACUAAGAACAUUGACUCCACCUUUGCAAGACAACGCCAAGCAAAUUGUCCACGUAGUGGAGGUGAUUCCACUCUUGCUUCUCUUGAUCCUACACCUGCUCUUUUCGACUCGAAAUAUUUCAGUAAUUUGGUGUCUAAGAAAGGGCUAUUACAUUCUGAUCAAGUACUAUUUAGUGGAGGAAAGACCGAUGAUCUUGUUAAGAAAUAUAGUAAAAAUCUAAGGACAUUUUCGAAAGAUUUUGCCAAGUCUAUGAUUAAGAUGGGAGACAUCAAGCCAUUGACUGGGAAGCGAGGCCAGAUUCGUGUCAACUGCAGGAAGGUGAACUAAGAAGUGCUAAUGAUGCUGAAAAAAUCUAAGUGUUUCAAGAAUUUGGUUAUUUUUUCAACUGUAGUUGUGAUUUUUAUUCAUUUAUAACGUUUGUUAAGUUCAUUGUGUCGUAAUUAAUUUUCCAUGAAAUUGGAUGUUGUUUUCAUUGAGUGAAUCAAGAUAUUUUUUCUGAA